AUGGCUGUUUCCCCCGGACUGCAUCAAGCUGCAACACUUUCGCCGAUGGUCUCCGUCCUUGUUCUAAGUUUUGUGAUAGCGCUGCUAUAUCAACUUUAUCAAUGGGCACUACCGAAGCCUCUUCCAGGUAUACCGUAUGAUGCUCAUGCUGCGCGAAACUUGAGAGGCAGCUUGCCAGAUCUCUUACGAUAUAAGGAAGCCAAUGGCAGGAUACGACCAUGGUUUGUGGAACAGAUAAUCAAGCACGACUCGCCUUUGGUACAAUUCUGGAUGCUUCCAUUUACCAAGCCAAUUGUCAUUGUGUCAGACUAUCAAGAAACUCAGGAUGUCUUACUUCGACGAUCCAAGGAAUUUGAUCGAGGUCAACGGGGUGCAGACAUGUUUCAUGGAGUUGUGCCAAAUCAUCACAUCUCAAUGACAUCUACGGAUCCUCGGUUCAAAGGCAACAAAGAGCUUGUACGGGAUUUAAUGACUCCAACAUUUCUGAAUGAGGUCUCGGCGCCAGAGAUAUACUCGAAGACAAUCACACUGGUUGGCUUGUGGACCCUUAAAGCCGAACUGGCUAAGGAGAAACCUUUUGAUGCCAAGAAAGACAUUGUCGACGCGACUAUGGAUAUUAUCAAUGCUGCUGCAUUCUCAUUUGGUGACCAUAUGAGUACAACGAAGCAUCAACUUAAACAUCUAUCAGAGCUUGGGCAGUCGCAGGUUGUCCAUGGAUCGGAUGGCGCCGUUAGAUUUUUGAGGCUCCCCGAAAUUUCUGACAUAGCUGCAAUUUCUGCUGUUGCCGACCAUCUAGGCACGCAGUUUCGGUCAAUGAUGCCAAGACUCGACCAUAAGAUUCGCAUGCUUACUCAACCUGAGCUACGCCGCAACUUCGCACGCAAAGACGCCUUAAUAUCCAGGGAAAUAGCAAAAUCGGUGAUGAGGUUUGACAACGGGGAUCGCACGACCUUCUCGGCAUUAGAUCAUCUUCUGCAUCGAGAGAGGGCUGCCGCACAGAAGGCAAACAGAAAGCCUGUUUUCCAUUCCCCCCGAAUCAAAGAUGAGAUCUUUGGCUAUGUAAUUGCUGGGCAUGAAACGAGCUCAACAGCCCUUCAGUGGACAAUAAAGCUUUUGGCUGGCCACCAAAAUGUUCAAACUCGUCUCCGUUCGGCACUGCAAGCGGCAUAUCGGAAAGCAUACGAUGAAUCUCGCCAACCAAUAGUGACAGAAAUAAGCAACACCACGGUACCUUACCUGGACGCCGUGAUUGAAGAGUCCCUACGCUUUGAUGCCCCACUUCCUAUAUUUGCUCGCGACACAACACGAGACACGAUUUUACUGGGCCAUAGGAUACCGAAAGGUACUCAGGUCUUUUUUCCUGUAACUGGACCAAGUUACAAAUGCCCUCCGUUCUUAAUCGAUGAUCACAGCCGUUCCCCGACGAGCCGUGAGAAGCAUUGGGGAGGCCAGUGGAGCGAUGAUGACACGCAUCUAUUCAAUCCUGAGCGAUGGCUUAAGAUAGAUGAGAAUGGUGGCAUAGUUUUUGAUGCGCAGGCAGGGCCGGUAUUAGCGUUUGGUUUAGGUCCCAGGAGCUGUUUCGGGAAAAGACUGGCAUAUUUGGAAAUGCGGAUAGUGCUUGCGCUUCUGGUCUGGAAUUUUGAGUUCAAGAAGCUGGAUGGGCCAUUCAGCUCCCAUCAGCCACACGACUCAAUCACGACGAUGCCCUUAUACUGUUAUGUCGCGCUAAAGCGAUUGGAACAUUACCAGGCAUCCUGA